AUGGCGCGUAAACUCAUACCUUGGUCACUGUACGACUUGUCCGGAGCUCACGCUCUGGACUCACUGGACACGAUGCGGGACUACUUCCGCCGAUUUCGAAAACUGCGCGGGAAAGGUCUUGACGGAAUCGAGUAUGAAGCUUUACAAAGUUCUUGGUGUGCCUUCAUCCAACGUUGGAAUCGGAUGCUCGACGAUGGUAGCAGCUUCCAAUUAUGGCUCGCCAAUCGAGAGGAGCUUCGCGCCGAUCACUCCAUCGGCGCGCUACGCGAAAGAGUGUGUGAGGAUGCUUGGAAUGAGUACCGCCUCUGCUUCGUCCAUGAUAAUGAAGGAUGCUGGUAUUGUGAUUCGACUCCACGCCCAACUCAUGACGAAUGGCGACAACACAUCGCUGAGUGUCCACUCAGUGAUCGCGAACGAAGUUGGAUUGCAAAGUAUGAGCGAAGUCUGAGCGAACUUAGAAGCUCAGUUAUUCGUGGUGCGCCUACCACUCGCGACAGCGGAUUCAAUCUCCGCGGAAUAAUCAGCGCAGGGCAGCGACACGUUCGCCUGCCCGUCCUGCUGCGCGAUUCUCGCCUCGCAAUCGUGAUAAUAUGCAUUCACCACGACGUUCUCGUUCACGGCAUCGUUCUCUUUCACGGCAUCGUUCUCUUUAUCGUCAUCAAUCUCGUUCUCGACGACGUGGAUCUCCUUACCAAUCUCGUCUGUCACGAGAGCGUUCGCGUGCUCGCCCGCAUUGUAAUAGCCCGACUUCGGAAUCCAAGCCAACGUACUCGGUACCUGCGCACGGAUGCGUUGGAGGUUCCUCGUGACCCACAAUGUGGUCUACAAUCCAGCGCACCUGUCCCUCCGCAUCAACAAGCGGAGGAGAGCCCUCGCGAUGGUAAUGCUGGCGUCCUGGUUGCCCAGGACGAUGUUGAUCAGGUCGUGAACAGAGCUGCCGAUGCUCAGCUGGAGGCUGAGGCUGCCAAUGAACGUGCUGCCCAGUCGAAGAAGACUGCGAGUGAGAACCGACAGUCAAAACGUGAGCUGCUCGAACGGAUAAGUGUUUUGGAGCGCCAGGUGCUUAAUCAUGUGCAGACGGCAUCGCGGCCGCGCCCCAUGUCAUCGGCUCGUCGAGAACGACGGGAAGGCCGAUCGACUUACGGACCUUUGAAGCCGGCAUCGGAGUUAAGCCGUGAAGCGUAG